CCCUAAAAGGCUCAAAAUCCCAAAAACCCUCCCGAGAAGAAAACAGAGUAAACCAACUCCCAUAGAGUCAUAGUAAUACUAGAGCUCCAAGAAGCUCCUCUCUCACUCCGAAAAUGGCGACCACCGCCAUAAUCAAUGAAACUGCACAAAAGAUCUUCAACCCCGAAACGCUUCGCUCUGCCGCCAAACAGUCCUCGCGUUGUCUCGUCGUCCCUGUUCGUCUACGCCGUGCCAUUAAGAAGUAUCUCCGAGAGCAAGAAGAGCCUCACCUAAAGAGGAAGGUGCUGAGAUUAUCACAAUCCUUGAAUCAAAUCAAAGAUGUGAACUUGCAGCUAAUUGCUUCGACUUCGAAGGAGCUCGUUGAAGACCCAUUGAAGUCCGUGGAGCAAUCAAAGCGGUGGAAGAUCAAGAGCUCUUAUGGCGACAUUGGCCUUAAGUAUAGGGACGAAGAAACCAUUGCUUAUGUGGCUUCCCGAAUGCCCGCCGUGUACUCUGCCUGUUACAGAGUUCUCAGUGAGGUUCGUAGAAGGCUGCCUGGUUUCUCGCCAUCAAGAGUAUUGGAUUUCGGUGCCGGUACUGGCUCAGCCUUCUGGGCAUUACGUGAAGUUUGGCCAAAUUCUUUGCAAAAAGUUAAUAUAGUUGAGCCUUCCCAAUCAAUGCAGCGUGCAGGCCAAAGCCUUAUACAAGGUCAGAAGAACUUGCCACUUAUUCACAGUUAUGAUAGCAUCCAAGCCCUAACUAAAGAUAUAAAUAAGUCAGAGAGACAACACGACCUCGUAAUUGCUUCAUAUGUGCUUGGAGAGAUCCCAUCACUGAAGGACCGGGUUACUAUAGUACGCCAGCUUUGGGAUCUUACACAGGAUGUUCUGGUUUUGGUGGAACCUGGAACACCAGAAGGUUCUAAUAUCAUAUCUCAGAUGCGAUCACAUAUACUCUGGAUGGAAAAAAGGAAAUCCCGGAAAUUAAAAGCUGGAAAAGAUGAAGAUUCUAAGGACUUGACAGUGCAAAGAAGUGGUGCAUUUAUAGUUGCUCCUUGUCCUCAUGAUGGGGCAUGUCCUCUGGAGAAAACUGGAAAAUUCUGUCAUUUUGUUCAACGCUUGGAGAGGACAUCUACACAGCGUGUAUACAAGCGUUCCAAGGGUGAGCCUUUACGUGGUUUUGAAGAUGAGAAAUUUUGUUUUGUUGCUUUCAGGAGAGGGAACCGACCAAGGGAACCAUGGCCUCUCGAUGGUGUGGAAUUUGAGAAAUUAAAAGAACAACAUGCUGAAAGAGAAAUAGAAGAUCUUGAAAUAAACGAUGAGGACCAGAUUAAGUCGCAAGAAGUAGAUAUUAUUCCAUAUGAGGAACCAGAUCCUGUUACUUAUGAUUCUGAUGUUAUGGAAGCUGAUAAUGUUGACGAUAAUGACGAAAUAGAGGAAGAAGAGGAGGAUGAAGGAGCGACUCGUGCUGAUCUAGGAGGUGGUUGGGGUAGAAUUAUCUUUGCGCCUGUUCGGAGAGGGAGACAUGUUACAAUGGAUGUUUGCCGAUCAACCAAUCAUGAUGCCUCAGAGGGUGCAUUUCAGCGAAUUGUUGUCACAAAGACUAAAAACCCUACAUUACAUCAUCAGGCUCGAAAAUCCUUCUGGGGUGACCUGUGGCCAUUUUGAAGUUGAGUUGUAUUUUUCCUGUAACCGUAUAGAAAACGUGUAUUAUAUUUAAUGCUGAUUCAUUAUUAAAUCUAAAUGUAUGUUUCACCUUCAUCAUUGUUUUCCGAGGGAUAGAAUGUGAUCUAACAAGAGUCAUAAGCUUACUGAUA